AUGGAACCCAGGAGUCCGGCCUCCCAGUCCCCGCCCGUCGAGAGCCAGAAACGGAACCCAGGAGUCCGGCCUCCCAGUCCCCCCCCCGUCGAGAGCCAGAAACGGAACCCAGGAGUCCGGCCGCCCAGUCCCCCCCCGUCGAGAGCCAGAAAUGGAACCCAGGAGUCCGGCCACCCAGUCCCCCCCGUCGAGAGCCAGAAAUGGAACCCAGGAGUCCGGCCACCCAGUCCCCCCCGUCGAGAGCCAGAAAUGGAACCCAGGAGUCCGGCCUCCCAGUCGCCCCCGUCGAGAGCCAAAAAUGGAACCCAGGAGUCCGGCCUCCCAGUCGCCCCCGUCGAGAGCCAGAAAUGGAACCCAGGAGUCCGGCCGCCCAGUCCCCCCCCCGUCGAGAGCCAGAAAUGGAACCCAGGAGUCCGGCCACCCAGUCCCCCCCGUCGAGAGCCAGAAAUGGAACCCAGGAGUCCGGCCGCCCAGUCCCCCCCCCGUCGAGAGCCAGAAAUGGAACCCAGGAGUCCGGCCGCCCAGUCCCCCCCCGUCGAGAGCCAGAAAUGGAACCCAGGAGUCCGGCCGCCCAGUCCCCCCCCGUCGAGAGCCAGAAAUGGAACCCAGGAGUCCGGCCUCCCAGUCGCCCCCCGUCGAGAGCCAAAAAUGGAACCCAGGAGUCCGGCCUCCCAGUCGCCCCCGUCGAGAGCCAGAAAUGGAACCCAGGAGUCCGGCCGCCCAGUCCCCCCCCGUCGAGAGCCAGAAAUGGAACCCAGGAGUCCGGCCGCCCAGUCCCCCCCCGUCGAGAGCCAGAAAUGGAACCCAGGAGUCCGGCCUCCCAGUCGCCCCCGUCGAGAGCCAAAAAUGGAACCCAGGAGUCCGGCCUCCCAGUCGCCCCCGUCGAGAGCCAGAAAUGGAACCCAGGAGUCCGGCCGCCCAGUCCCCCCCCGUCGAGAGCCAGAAAUGGAACCCAGGAGUCCGGCCACCCAGUCCCCCCCGUCGAGAGCCAGAAAUGGAACCCAGGAGUCCGGCCGCCCAGUCCCCCCCGUCGAGAGCCAGAAAUGGAACCCAGGAGUCCGGCCGCCCAGUCGCCCCCGUCGAGAGCCAGAAAUGGAACCCAGGAGUCCGGCCGCCCAGUCCCCCCCGCGUCGAGAGCCAGAAAUGGAACCCAGGAGUCCGGCCGCCCAGUCCCCCCCCCGUCGAGAGCCAGAAAUGGAACCCAGGAGUCCGGCCGCCCAGUCCCCCCCGUCGAGAGCCAGAAAUGGAACCCAGGAGUCCGGCCGCCCAGUCGCCCCCGUCGAGAGCCAGAAAUGGAACCCAGGAGUCCGGCCUCCCAGUCCCCCCCGCGUCGAGAGCCAGAAAUGGAACCCAGGACGAGAACGGACCCAGGAGUCCCAGCCCCCCUCCGUCCCAUUGCUCUCCCAGCCAGGGGAUGGAAGGAACCCAGGCGUCCGGCCCCCAGGCCCUUGCUCUAGCCAUCGGACUCCAGCCCCUCGCCGCCCGAUGCUCAGGGGGGAGAGGAAACCGAGGCGACUCCUCCCCCGGGGCCCGCCCACCCGACCCCGCUCACACCUGCGGGUCUGGCUCCGGCCCCGGCAACGCCGCGGCACCUAG